AUGAAGGACCCAAAUUGGCUUGCCGCCAUGUGUGCCGAGUACAAUGCCUUGCUCGCGAACCGCACCUGGUGGCUCGUUCGACGACCAGGCGGCGCUUGGAUCAUCACCGGCAAGUGGGCCUUCAAGCACAAGCACAAUCCAGACGGGAGCCUCGAGUGCUACAAGGCUCGUUGGGUGGUGCGCGGGUUCAAUCAGCGACCUGGAGUCGACUUCGGCGAGACGUUCACGCCAGUGGUGAAACCGUCCACAAUCCGGACUGUGCCCAACGCCUUCCUUCACGGACACCUGGACGAACAGGUCUACUGCCGGCAGCCGACGGGGUUCGUGGAUCCGGAGCAACCGGACGCUGUGUAUCUGCUCUCCAGAUCCCUCUACGGCCUACGCCAAGCUCCACGGGCGUGGUUCACGAGCUUCACCAACUUCAUCACACAGAUUGGCUUCAAGCAGAUGCGUUCCGACUCGUCUCUGUUCGUGUUCCGCGACGGUGUCGACACCGCCUACUUGCUCCUAUACGUCGACGAUAUGGUGUUGACUGCCUCGACAUCCACUCUUCUCCAGCACAUCGUCGGCCAGCUCAAGACCGCGUUCGCGAUCAAGGACAUGGGGCCAGUCCACUACUUCCUCGGCAUCAACGUCCACCGCGACAGCUCCGGGUUCUUCCUCUCACAGAGGCACUACGCCAUUGAGCUCCUGGAGCGCGCCGGAAUGUGCAACUGCAAGCCCGUCGCAACGCCGGCAGAUACGAAGCCCAAGAUAUCUAGCACUGACGGCAAACCUCUCCACGACGCGUCGUUCUACAGAAGCAUGGCCGGCGCACUGCAGUAUCUGACCAUUACCCGGCCAGACAUUGCGUACGCUGUACAACAGCUGUGUUUGCACAUGCAUGCGCCGCGCGACUGCCACUCCGCCAUGCUCAAACGAGUUCGCUACGUCAAGGGCACGACGACCUUGGGCCUCAAGCUCCGCGCGUCCUCGACACCUUCCCUCACGGCGUACUCCGACGCCGACUGGGCCGGAUGCCCAGACACGCGGCGUUCCACGUCCGGGUUCUGUGUGUUCAUCGGCGACUCGCUGGUUUCGUGGUCCUCAAAACGACAACCAACGGUGUCUCGCUCUAGUGCCGAGGCGGAGUACCGGGCUGUUGCGAAUGCCGUUGCCGAAUGUACUUGGCUUCGACACCUCCUCGGCGAGCUCCACUGCGACGUACCGUCCGCGACCAUCACAUACUGUGACAACAUCUUGUCGGUGUACAUGUCCAAGAAUCCCGUCCACCACAAGCGGGCGGACGAAACACAUUGA